GCAACUAGUAAAUGUCAAACUAUUUUGGUGAUAGUGACAUAAGGUUUUGUAAUAUCUAAUAUUACAUUGCCAGUUGGAUCUUUAUUUAUUUUUUUUCCAAGUCGUCACAGUGUUAAUUGUUUCUUAAAUAAGUUCAACGUAAAUAAUUAGAAAGUAUUUACCUAGAAAGUAAAACCACCUGUUAUCACUCCUUAUCAGGAAUUGUGAUAAGGGGUUGUGGUAUUAUUGUUGAUUAGCUGCCCAGCCUCUCAAAUGAGAUAAUUUCUUAUAUCACUGAGAAGGUCAAAGGUUAAAAUUUCUAUAUCAGGAAGGAUAUUGCUUCAAUUUUAGUUCAUUUAUUGUUUGGGCUCCGAGAUCUUCUUGGAGAAAUUUACUAUAAUGACAUCCACAAAAAUAAUUGAUUCCGACUGCAUAACUCUUACAAGAUAUGUGUUGGCGCAGCAGAAAAAAUGCCCUGACGCAACAGGCGAAUUAACUCAACUUCUGAAUUCAAUUCAAGCAUCUGUGAAAGCUAUAAGCUCUGCUGUCAGGAAGGCUGGAAUUUCACAAUUGUAUGGGAUGGCUGGUAAUACUAAUGUGCAAGGAGAAGAAGUGAAGAAACUGGAUGUGUUAUCGAACGAAUUGUUCAUAAAUAUGCUUAAGUCCUCUUACACUACCUGUUCACUUGUUAGUGAAGAAAAUGAAAACAUUAUACCAGUGGAUGCUGAGAGGCAAGGCAAAUAUAUUGUAUGUUUCGAUCCAUUGGAUGGAUCUUCAAACAUUGACUGCCUCGCUUCCAUUGGCUCAAUUUUCGCAGUAUUCAGGAAACCAGAUGGGCCUCUGCAAGACAGCGGAGCUUUGCAAUCAGGAAAUCAAAUUGUAGCUGCUGGUUAUGUAUUGUAUGGAAGUGCAACAAUGUUUGUGUUAUCACUUGGGAAAGGGAAAGGUGUUAAUGGCUUUAUGCUUGAUCCGGCUAUUGGAGAAUUUUUGCUUACUGAACCCAACAUGAGGAUUCCAGACAAAGGCAAUAUAUACAGUAUUAAUGAAGGUUAUUCUUAUCUUUGGGAUGAUGCUGUUGCUGAAUAUGUCUCAAGGAAGAAGAAUCCACAGUUUGGAAAACCAUAUGGAUCAAGAUAUGUUGGUUCCAUGGUAGCUGAUGUCCACAGAACAUUGAAAUAUGGUGGUAUAUUCAUGUACCCUGCGAACAAGACUUCUCCAAAUGGCAAGCUGAGAUUGAUGUAUGAAUGUAACCCGAUGGCUUUUAUUAUUGAAGAAGCCGGUGGAUUGGCGACUACAGGUAAAAUUCCUAUAUUGGAUGUAGUCCCAAAGGGAAUUCAUCAGAGAUGCCCAUGUUUUCUUGGUUCCAAAGAGGAUAUAAAAGAACUUCUUGGCAUUAUUGAAAAACAUCAAUAAGUUCCUUGUAUAAUAUUUUAUAUAUUUAUAAUUUUUAAUCUCAUUUGUAUAUGAAACAUAUUACAAACUAUAUUUUCAUACUUGGUUGUUGUUUAUUACUGUUCCAU